UUCUCCUGUAUGAGGAGAUUACUCACGCAAUGAAUCAUGGCGAUAUCGGGCGUGUGGAAACAUGCUUUCCGGCCUGGAUAUACAUUUUCAAGGGCACAGGAAAACACAAGUACGCUGCACACAUGAUUAAAUUCCUCCGAGACGUUCACUUCAUUUAUCCUCCUCAACUGCGAAAAAUUGUUCGCUAUAGCAUGCUGACUCCCCCGGACGGAAAGCCUGACAAAUUUCGGGCGAUUGAUUGGAUUGUUGAACAAUUGAUCAAUCUGCCGACCAAGGAAACGUACGGCGGUCGUGGAUUCAAC